AUGGAGUCCACCGACCCAACCACCCGCCGCUUUCGCGGCAGCGCCAAAAUCUCCGAAUACGAAGUCAUGAAAGAGAAGCUCGGCGAGGGAACAUUCGGCGUCGUCUCCAAAGCGCGAUCAAAACGAACCAGCAAGAUCUUCGCGCUGAAAAAGAUUCUCAUGCACAAUGAGAAGGAAGGGUUCCCCAUCACGGCGUUGAGGGAGGUGAAGUUGCUGAAGAUGUUGAGCCAUCCGAAUAUUCUACGGCUGGAGGAGAUGGCUGUGGAGAGGAUGGCGGCGGACGAGAAGGGGAGUAAAGGAAGGAAGAAGGCGACGUUGUAUAUGGUUACGCCGUAUAUGGAUCAUGAUCUGAGUGGCAUGUUGACGAAUCCGGAUAUCAACUUCAGUAUGGGACAGAUCAAGUGUUAUAUGCUGCAGUUGUUGGAGGGGUUGAGGUAUUUGCAUGAUUCACACAUUCUUCAUCGAGAUAUGAAGGCGGCGAAUAUCCUCAUCUCAAAUACGGGUAUACUUCAGAUUGCUGAUUUUGGUCUCGCACGACAUUACGAUGGAGAGACACCACAACCAGGACGAGGGAAUGGCCACGCAGUCCGCGACUACACAAGUUUAGUCGUCACCCGCUGGUAUCGACCUCCGGAGUUGCUCCUCACACUCAAACGCUACACACCUGCUAUCGAUCUCUGGGGUGUUGGCUGCGUGUUUGGCGAAAUGUUCGAAACAAAACCCAUCCUCGAAGGGCGCACAGACGUCGAUCAGUGCGUCAGAAUAUUCAAACUUGUCGGAUCACCCGAUGAACAGAGUAUGCCCGGCUGGUCUGACCUUCCGGGGUGUGAAGGCCACAAAGAUUGGCCACCAGGAAAGGGUGAUAUUGAUGAGCGUUUUGGCCGGAGAAUGGGAGCUGAAGGACUGGAUUUGCUGAAGAAACUCCUCUGCCUGGAUUGGAGAACACGAAUCAACGCAGUUGACGCUUUACAACACAACUUCUUCAAAGUCGCACCACUACCGAUGCGAGCAGAAGACAUUCCACGAUACGAAGACAGCCACGAGCUCGACUCCCGCCGCCGAGGUAAUCAGGAGAAGAACCGUGCCCUACCACCCGCUCCAGCGGGCGGCACAGUCGGUAUGGGACCCGAUGAAUGGAAUGGCAAUGGUCCGAUGAACGGCAAUUACCAAGGCGGUGGAGGCAGAGGAAACUAUGAGUACGACCGCCAAGCACGAGGUCCACCUGGAGGAGGACGCGAUCGGGGCCCGCCACCUGGGAGAGGACCUCCACCAAGAGGCUACGAUGAUCGACCUCGAGGCGGCGAUCGGGAGAGGGGGAGGGGGAGUUAUGAGAGAGAAGAGAGGGGUUUGGGUGGGAGGAGUCGGAGUCCGGAUCGGAUGAGGGAGAGGGAUCGAGAGAGGGAGAGGGAGAGGGGCAUGGAGCCGAGAGAGAGUCGGGAUCGGAGGGAGAGGUUGCAGGAGAGGGAGAGGGAGAUGUAUAGGCGAUGA